AUGAUAUAUCAAAUCAUGGUUUUGGUGGGCAAUAUUAUAGUAAGACCACCACGGCCCAGGCCUUAUAUAGCAUCUGAUGCUUUAUCAGCUGUAACAGAUGCACUAACAUCCAUAGCGUUAUAUGACGACCAACAGUGCGUACCGCGACUUUUAUGUGAAGCAGCAGGUGGGGGAGCUCUGGGCAGUUCGGGAAUUAUACAGACGCUGUCCGGACUACAACCAUUGUUAACACUUCUCUCGGCUUAUAAUGGUAUAAGCACUAACCCUCUCUUUGUCUUCGGACGGGCUAUUUUUCUGGGCAUGUCAUCGAACGGGAACACAGCCUCCUGUCGUUAUGCGUAUCCAUUAUGCCCCACAGAUCCGGAGCAACUUGUCUAUUACCUAAAUAACCAUAAUGGAGGUUUCUUCAGGUUCUUUAACUCACCUCAACAAGGACAGCAGAAUGUAGAACAGUUUUAUAACCAACUCUCGCAGAACUAUGGGCAUCAACAGGGUCAACCGCAAAAUUAUGGACUUUAUAAUCCUAACCCCGCACAAAAUUAUGAUAGAGACAUAGACAAAAUUCAACGACGAAUACAAAAUAAGCCAAUAUCACAUGAAUAUGAUAAUUCCGAAGAUUUUAACAUGAAAUGGAAAUUUCCGGAAGCUUUGGAAAAUAAUAGCGAAUAUUAUGAAAAUGAAUCAGAAAUACAAGGAUAUGAUAGAAAGAUAAGAGGCUUUACAUUUCCUGAAAGCAACAGCAACACACACUAUAAAUAUUAUAAUUAUGUAAAAUCAAAUGAGGCAUACAAUGAUAAAUUUAUACAUAAUAAUCAAUAUUAUGGAAAUAAGUAUGUUUAUCAUGGUAAUGAUAAUGAGGAUGACUUAAGAGGAAUUAGGACGGUUUAUAUCGUUAGAGGUAACGGUGAUCCAAAUAAUCCUGAAAUAAUUAAACUAAGGCCAGGUGAAACAAUACAAUAA